AUGGCGAUCUUAAACAAAUUUGGACAAGAAGUUGGUGCCGACGUCGAAGGCUGGACAACAAGGGCCUUCCCAGAGAAAGUUGUAUUGAAAGGCAAUUACUGUAGACUAGAACCCCUCGAUAGAGAAAAGCAUGGGCCAGAACUUUUUAAUACCUAUGGUAAAGCGGGCGAAAAAUUAUGGACGUAUUUACCUGUGGGACCAUUCAAUAACUUGGAGGAAUAUUUGGAAUUUAUUAAUGAACUUAAUGAAACUAAAGAUACCGUGCCUUUCGCAAUUAUUAAUGAAGAGACUAAACGUGCUGUUGGUACAUUAUGCCUAAUAAGAAUCGAUCAAGCCAGCGGUUCACUUGAAGUUGGGUAUGUGGUUUUUUCACCGGAAUUACAGAAGACGAUUAUUGCAACUGAAGCUCAAUUCCUUUUGAUGAAAUAUGUAUUUGAUGAUCUACAAUACAGGCGAUAUGAAUGGAAGUGUGAUAGUUUGAAUGGGCCAUCAAGCAGGGCGGCAAUGCGCUUAGGGUUUAAAUAUGAGGGUACGUUUCGACAAGUGGUGGUAUAUAAGGGUCGGACUCGCGAUACUCAAUGGUUUUCAAUAAUAGACAAAGAAUGGGUAGACAUUCGCAAAACUUUUGAGCAAUGGUUAGAUGAAAGUAAUUUUGAGAAUGGUAGGCAGAAGAGAGGAUUAGCUACAAUAAGAGAAAACUUGCUAAACUGA